AUGAAGUUCACCCUCUGCCUCUCCUUACUACUAACUGGUCUUCUUCAAGUCCAUUGUCAUCACGUCCCAGGACAUCAUGAGGAGCACAACGGAGAUCAAAACCCACCUAAACCUCAGCCACAGCCUCCAGCAGAAGGGCGGGGAACUGAAACAACACGCUAUCAAAAGAUAGCCCAGAUAAAUAGUGACUUUGCAUUCAGAUUGUACAAACUCAUCGCUUCAGAUCCAGCUCAUCAAAAUAUUUUCUUCUCCCCUCUGAGUAUCUCCACAGCCCUUGCCCUGCUGGCUCUGGGUGCUAAAGCUGAGACCCAUCAUCAGAUUAUCAAUGGACUCGGUUUCAACCUCUCAGACACUGAGGAGAAUGAGAUCCAUGGAGCAUUUAAGCUAAUCGUCCACACGCUUAACCAACCCAAUAACAAAACACAGGUGAACAUGGGGAAUGCUUUGUUCAUAGAAGAAUCAAUGCCAUUGCUGCCUACAUUUCUAAAUGAUGUCCAGACCUUGUAUGAAGCUGAAGGCGUUCCAACGAACUUCAAGAACUGUGCAGCAGCAGCAGCAGCAGCAGAUGAGAUCAAUGAUUACGUAAAGAACAAAACUAAUGGGAAAAUCACCCAAGCAGUCGAGGGACUAGAUAAAGAUACUCUAAUGGUCCUUGUAAACUAUAUAUUCUUCAAAG